UGCACAAAGAGACCAGCAGCUUUUUUAUUUUUUUAUUUUCCGUCCUCCACUGCUGCUUCGUCAUAUAUUCCCCUGGUCAACUGGAAAGCAGCGCUGGACUUGAUCUUGAUGGACAUGGAAAUGAGCAGAGAGAUGAACGGACAGAGGAAAAUGUUCAGAUGACAACUAUGCUGCCAUAGCUGGUCAGCUGACAGCUCAAUGAGACAGGCCUCCUUUUGGCAUCAGCCACCCAUCAUCCGUCCAGCCAUGUUGCUAAGAAGGAAGCUGUGCGUCGCUUUGGUGAUUGCUGCCGUCCUCCUUCUCAUGCUUGCAAGCCAUAACAUUCAGAGAAGGCAUUUCCAGCCAAAGGCAAUGGUCCAGCUCAACAGCCAAACCAUGCCCAUCGGCAGGGAAAUGGUGGUUGAACCCACAGCGCCUCCGGCUGUCUUGACUCGUCCUCCCGCCACCAACCCUGAUGCUGAGGAGGGGGAGGGAGAGGAGGAGGAAGGAGAUGAUGAGGAAGAAGAGGAGGAGGAGGAACAGCAACAAGAGAAAGAGCCUAAAGUUGACCUCACAACGGGUCAAAGGCCGUGUGGUUGUUCAGAGUCCUGCAUUUCAGACGUGGGGGGGUCGGACUGGUUCAGCCAGCGCUACGACGGUAAACAGGAACCUAUCCUGCGCAACACCAAGCAAAACUUUGACCCUGAUGCGCUCACAUGGUGGCUGAGUAUUCAGCGGUCUGGCAACGAUAAGACUUUAGAAGAAGUCAUGUCACAAAUGUUCCAAGUCGUUUCCUCGCCCACUGUGGACACCAGGCCCCUCCCCUCUCGUUGUCGUCGAUGCGCCGUCGUUGGCAACUCUGGGAACCUACGGAAGUCCGGCCACGGCAAACUGAUCGACUCUCACACCUCUGUGAUCCGAAUGAACAAGGCAGUAACUCAGAAUUUUGAAAGUGAUGUUGGAAAUCGGACAACGCAUCACUUCCUGUACCCGGAGAGCGCGGUGGACGUGCGUCGUGGCGUCAGUGUGGUGCUGCUGCCGUUCAAGCUGCGAGACCUUGAGUGGCUGACCAGCGCGCUGUCCACCGGCGACAUCAAAAUGACCUACAUGAGGGUUAAAGAGAGAAUCGAGGCUGAUAAGGACAAGGUUCUGGUGGUGAAUCCAGUCUUCUUCAAGUAUGUCCACGAUCGCUGGACUGAGCAUCACGGUCGCUAUCCAUCCACCGGCAUGCUGGCCAUCAUCUUUGCUCUGCACACCUGCGACCAGGUAUCGGUGUUCGGUUAUGGGGCCGACCAGCAGGGUAACUGGCACCAUUACUGGGAGGAGAACCGCUACGCCGGAGCCUUCAGGAAGACCGGCGUCCACAGUGCCGACUUUGAGACAGGCAUCAUCCACCAGCUCGCUGACAAAGGCAAAAUAACUCUACACCUUUGACACAACCACUCGCCUGACGGAGGAUCUAUUAGCUGAGCUACUGGCAGACUCGUUCCCCGAUGCCUCGGCUACAGAUUCAGCGGCUUGCUUGAAAACCAAGAAACUGUCCCAAAGACUAGCUAACAGACUGAAAUCUCUAAUCGGCUGAGCUCCAUCUGAGUUUGGCUGAAGGAGAUUAAUCAAAUACCUUACUUGCCUUGAACCGGGCAUGCUGGAUUGAUGAUGCUGAUCCUGUAGACCUUUUUUUAGGUGCCUAUGGACAUAGUUGUCAAAAGCGGAGUUGCUAAACACGCAUUAGCUGGGCAAUAAUCAAAUCGCCCCCUUGUGUGGACUCCUGCUGGUUUUAAUGAGUCCCAGCUCAUGUUUUAGUUGAACUGUAUCGCCCGUCCUGCGUCUGCAACCGAUGGGAUUGACCACAAUGAUCUUUGCUCUGAGCGGGAAAGAACCACAGACUUUAUAAUGUCUUUUUUUCUAUUGGAUUUUAUAGACAUACAGAGAAUAUCUUUUAUUAUUAUUAUUAAUUUUUUUUUUUUUUUUAAUAAAAGCACUUUGUCCUGAAGAGAAAAUGGUGGAAAUGGGCCUUAAUGUUGCUUUGCUGUCCAACCACUUAGAAGACUUUCUGCAUUUAAAAUUUUUUUUUAAUCAUUUAUCCAUCCAUUUACUUUUAAUUGACUAAUCACAAACCAUCCUGAGCAAAAUGAACCCGGCAGAACGGAAGAGGAUGAAGCUUUCUGGAAAGCGAACUGUUUCAACAACACAUGGACCUGGAGGACUGAGGGAGAGGAGCCUGUGUUUGAGUCUUCAGUGAUGGUUCAAAAGUCCAGGUAUUUGGAUGAUUUUGCACAAAACAGGAACCAAGUAGUUUUGCAGAAAUCAUGACAUAAGUACUUUUUUUAUGGGGGAGGGUCUUAUCAUCCAUCAAUAUCAGCGACGUGGAAAUCGUUCUGAAACAAGGUGGAACGACUGCAAGAACACGUGCAACUGUACCAGCAGCCCUUCUGCAAAGUGUUAGGAGAGAAGGGGGGAAAAAAAUCAUUCAUGAAGAUAUUUGGGGCUUCGUACUAAAGCCCAAAGCUGCGUUCUCGUUGACAUCUCCGGUGAUGGGAUAUGAAGGACACCACCACGACUUUGAAGAUUUAUUAAACAAACCGUAACAUGGAUAAGAACAAACGAUUGGUAACAUGACGAGUUUGUGCAACGCACGGAUUACUAGAAGCUGUUGGGAAGUUGUACUUAAAGUUAAACCAAAAAGAUCUAACUUCUAGACUGGUCCAGCAGGUAGGAGGCCGCCGGUCCGCCGUUGUUGCACCUUUUACUGUGAAUGUACAAAAACAAACUGUUGCUGAUUGUCAGUCACACUCAGUUGAACGUUUGUGUCUGGGUUUACUCUCGAAAAAGCUUUGAGACAUCAUCAUACACAUUCAGGCUGGAUUUAGGACUGCAUUAAAAGUGUAAUUACAUAAAUUGGCCACACUUAAAACUUCUUUUUCAUCUUUUUUGAUGAUGGGAACCCUAAGACAUGCGUUGUGGUUUCAAAGCCUCUUAAAGUGUCAACAUAACCGAUAAUUAAGUUUUCAGCAAAAACAUUCGAGGAAAGGGGGAUGAUCCGUGUGGAUUACAGCAGGUUUGAACAUGUGAAUAUGUUGGGCUGCUACCAAAUGUUUCCACGCAGAUUUAAACCCACCUAUCUUCCUGAAGCGGGUGUAUUUGUGCAUCGUUUCGACCAGUGCUCCACGAUCUCAACACUGUGACUUGUACAGAAAACGGCACUUCCAGUCUCUCCUUGAGGACAUUAAGACCUGCACACAGCUGUCUACACAUGCAGGUUGUAUUGAGAGAUUUAAACCACAUCUACUUCACAGCGUCACCCAUCCGACUCGUCACGAGAGACACGUAUCCAGAACUGGUGUUUUUAAAAUAUUACGAAUUCUGGACUAAUUAUCAAAUGACCAGUAAACUCUGGGAUGACUGACGACUCUACCAGCGUACAACGAAGUUAAUUUCCCCUGCUAAUGUCUGUUGAUUAAUAGAGAUGUCCAUCAAAGCGUGACACUAACCAGCACUCCGUCGAGGCCGUGUGUUUAACAGUUCAUUUAAAGCAGCACAAAACACCUUCUGUCUCGUAGGAAGCCUCGUCCUGCUUUUAUGGUCUCUCCAACUUUAGAGUCUCAUCCCGGCCGUCUCUUAUGGCAAGUUGCAGUCCGGCUUCGCGUCACAGAUCCUUAAAGUAACGAUGAAAUAGAAAACGUAGGAGUGACUGAGCCAAACGAGAGUAAACCUCCACACCUACAGGGGGAGCUGCUGAACUAACAAGCUCCUUUUGUGCUGCUUUUAAAGAUUGAAAUGCUGGAUGUUCAUUUGGAGGCUGUGGCGCCGCUUCAGUUUACCUGUUGGUCUGCAGAAAAAAAGAAACAAAAGUCACCUGGUAACUUUAAAUCCAAGUGCUGCUUUGCCAUAGGCCUUAUUUGAAUAUGAAACAUCUGCUGGUGGAUUUAAAUGUUUUCAUACGCUUCAUGACUUUGCUUUUGUUCUGGAAAAUUCUUGCCUGUGAAGGAGUUUAGCUGUCGAUGAGCUCUUGAAUGUACCACAAACCUGAGUUCAGCCACUUAAUGACAGAGCAGCUGUGCUGCCGAGCCCUGAGCUGCACUUCACAUCUGGAUCUGAGCUUUUUAUUGUUGACGCGCAGAGUCUCUGUAAACAGAUCCACUGUCAAAUUGUGUUUGCUGUGACUUGAAAUCCAAAGUUGUGCUUAUUGAAUUCUCUGCAGUGUGGGAAUGUAGUUUUAUUUCCAACAGGAAUGUAGCAACGUGGUUGAUUUUUAAUCUCCGAUCUGACGCUUGUCACUAACAGAUGUUUAUGAUGGAAUUACAUGCAGAUUGAUGCUGGUUCAGCUUUAAAUCAUUGAGUCAUUGAGCUUGAUUCUGCAGUAAAAGUUUCACUUUAACAACAUGCUGGUUAUCAGUUUUUGUACGUAGACAAGUUAUUUUUGGUUUUCUGUGGUUUCGGUGUCACUUUUAAAAUAAAUUUAAAUCAGAAUCAUGAA